CGUUCAACCUGCUUCCAGGCAGGGGGGCAGCUCGGCCGUGAUCCUCUCUGCACCCUGGGGGGCACCAAUUCUGCCCCCACAGCAGCUCCUUUGGGGCUCAAAGCCCUUCACAGGCCUGGUGUCUGUCUGUCUGUCUGUUCCUGUGGGGUCCCUGUGUGUGGUGGAGAGGGUGACCCCGGUGCUGGCGUGUCCCCACAGCGCUGCAAGGAGCGUGUGAACUCGCUGGCCAUCGCGGUGAUGAACAUGUGGCCGGGGGUGAAGCUGCGGGUGACAGAGGGCUGGGAUGAGGACGGGCAUCACCUCCCCGACUCUCUGCACUACGAGGGCCGGGCGCUGGAUAUCACCACGUCCGACCGCGACCGCCACAAGUACGGCAUGCUGGCACGCCUGGCCGUGGAGGCCGGCUUCGACUGGGUCUACUAUGAGUCCAAGGCGCACAUCCAUGUCUCUGUCAAAGCAGAUAACUCGCUGGCCGUCCGCACCGGUGGCUGCUUUCCCGGCCACGCCACCGUGACGCUGGAGAGCGGCGAGCGCCGGGGCCUGGCUGAGCUGCGCCAGGGUGACUGGGUGCUGGGCGCCGAGCCAGGCGGGCGCCUGGUGCCCACCGAGGUGCUGCUCUUCCUCGACCGGGACCUGGGCCAACGCGCCUCCUUCGUGGCCAUCGAGACGGCCAGCCCAGCGCACCGGCU